AAUACAGGAAAUAACAAGUGGAUCUUUAACAUUAAAAUAGACUUGUUCUUUUUAGCUGAACUUCUUACACCAUUCAUCUUUUCUCUUUUUUUCCAAGAUGGAGAGAAAAAGAGGAGAGAAAACGGUGCAAGAAGUUCAGUUAAAAAGUUAGACCUCGUGUCUUAGAACCGGACGGAGUGCAAAGGUGGACGAUUAGGUUAGGAAUUGCUAACUUUUGCAAUUCUAUUUUCAUUCUACGAUAACAGAGAAUCAUUUUAAAGUACAAAAACAUGUCAGACAGUUCUGAAGACGAAUUAAAUUGUGGCGAUGAUCACGAAAAAACAUCGUGGAUUUUGUUUAAAGAUCGCGAUGAAUGGAGUGACGUGACUCCUUUACCCCAGGAUGAUGGUCCUCAUCCUGUUGUAUCAAUUGCAUAUUCUGAGAAGUUUAAGGAUGCCUACGAUUAUUUCCGUGCCAUUCUUAAGUCAGGUGAAAAAUCAGAGCGUGCAUUGGCUUUAACAGAAGCCUGUAUAUGGCUUAAUCCAGCCAAUUAUACUGUAUGGCAAUACAGAAGAGAAAUACUUAAAGCUCUAACGAAAAAUUUGUAUGAGGAACUAAAAUAUACAGAUCGCAUGAUAAAGUAUAAUUCUAAAAAUUAUCAAGUUUGGCAUCAUAGAAAAGUUAUUGUUGAAUGGCUACAAGAUCCUGGUGAAGAGUUAGCAUUUAUAGAAACUAUUUUAUGUAAGGACGCAAAGAAUUAUCAUGCUUGGCAACAUCGUCAGUGGUCCAUACAAACUUUCAAUUUAUAUGACAAAGAAUUGGAAUAUGUAGAGCAAUUGAUAAAUGAAGAUGUUCAUAACAAUUCUGCUUGGAACCAGCGAUAUUUUGUGAUAAGUAAUACAACAAAAUUUGAGCAAGAUGUGAUAGAUAGGGAAGUGGAUUUUGCAUUGAAAAAGAUUGAAUUGGAAAAAGGAAAUGAAAGUGCUUGGAACUAUUUAAGAGGAAUAUUGUUACAUGAUAGCAAAGGCUUAGGUAAUAAUGAAAGAGUUAGACAUAAAUGUGAAGAGAUGUAUAAAAAAGGAUGCCGUACUAAUCAUUUAUUGGCCUGCAUAAUUGAUAUUUGUCAAGAAAAGUGUCCAUCUGAUGGAGACUCAACCUCUUUAUUUCAAAUUAAUAUUGCAUAUGAGCUUUGUAAUGAUUUAUCCAAACAAUAUGAUACAAUAAGAUGGCGCUAUUGGGAUUAUAUAGCUAGUCAGCUAGCUAUAAAAUUAAAAACAGACUCUUCAAAUUGAAAAAUACAGCAAUUCUAUAGCAUGAGUUCAAAGAAUUUUAGACAAUGAUUUACAUAUCAAUCUAAAUGGUUGAUAUAUUUUGGCCUGUCCUUUUGUCUACAAAUACGUAUAAUGCAAAACUAAAAUUUCACAAUUUAUACAAUUUCUUUAUAUAAAACAAGAAAGCAUCUAUGAUCUCAAAAUAUAACUAACAUUUUAUUAAUUAAAUUUCCAAAUUAUAUUAUACAAGAUUUGGUAUUAUCAAGUUAUAUAAAAUGUAUUACAUUAUUAAUUUCAAUAAAAUAACCUAUAUUAUUAUGGUGCAUUUAUUUUCAUGAUAUUUCUAUAUUCCUAAAAGUGCUAUUCCCUUCGCUGUUUCUGACAUUCAGUUAAAUUUAAUUUAGCAGCAUUACCUCUUACCAGUUAAAAUAAUUGUUCUUAUGAAAUUUUGUAUAACUUAUAAAAUUCACAAAUUAUAUAGCAUUUUCUUAAGUUUAUAUACUACAUCAUGUUUCUAAAGUAAAAGAUAAAAAACCGACACCAUAAUAAGAACCGAAUCCAUAAUAAGUAAUUUGCAUGUCUGUAAGGUUUUAGUAAAUAAUUGUGAACAGAAAAUAGUGGAUAUUAAUAUUGUAUAAGAUAGAAAUGUAAUAAAUUAUUUCAUUCACUA